GUAGAGGGAGAGGGGGGUAGAGAGAGAGAGAGAGAGAGAGAGAGAGAGAGAGAACGGUAGAGGGAGCCAGUCAGUUGUGUGGAUCACACGAGAGAAGCGGAUCAACACUGAACAACCAGCAGCUUGUUUUUCAGGCCCAGCUGCAGCGUCAUCAUGACUAAAGAGGAGAACCUGGAGGUGCAGGAAAAGGAGAGGCACGAUCGGGAGGAGCAGGAGGAGGGGAGGUUCCAGAAAGAGGAAGAGGAGGCUCUAACCGAAGAGGAGGAGGAGGAAGAAGAGGACGGAGACGGGGAGGAGGAAUAUGCGCAGGAGGGGGAGCGUGCAGUGGUGGACGAUGAGGAGGAUGGCGAGCAGGAGGAGGAGCAGGAGGAAAGAGAGGAGAGGGAGCAAGAGGAGGAUCCACCGGCCGGUCAGGAGGCCGAGCCCGAGCCCGAGCCGCUGUCAGUGUCCGAGUACCAGAGUCCGGUUCACGAGCCACGGCGCCGAGCCAUGGUGCACUCCUCCGCACAGGCCCCGCUGCCCACCGACUACACCUUCACCUUCUUCGACCCCAACGACCCAGCCUGCUAUGAGAUCCUCACGGAUCCUCAGACCACCAUCCCAGAGCUGUUCGCCAUCGUGCGUCAGUGGGUUCCCCAAGUGCAGCACAAGAUCGACAUCAUCGGCAACGAGAUCCUGAAGCGUGGUUGUCAUGUGAACGACCGCGAUGGUUUGACUGACAUGACGCUGCUUCACUACAGCUGUAAGGCCGGAGCACAUGGAGUGGGCGACCCGGCGGCAGCGCUGCGUCUCAGCAGUCAGCUGAUCUCUUUGGGCGCCGACGUGAGUCUGAGGAGUCGCUGGACCAACAUGAACGCGCUGCACUACGCUGCUUACUUCGACGUCCCAGAACUGAUCCGAGUCCUGCUCAAAUCCGCCAAACCCAGAGUGAUGAACUCGACGUGCAGUGACUUCCACUACGGGACAGCUCUCCACAUCGCUGCCUCCAACCUCUGUCUGGGUGCAGUGAAGUGUCUGCUGGAGCACGGAGCCGACCCCUCUGUCCGGAAUGAUAAGGGCCAGGUUCCAGCAGAGGUGGUGCCCGACCCGAUGGACAUGAGUCUGGACAAGGCCGAGGCUGCCAUGGUGGCCAAGGAGCUGAGCCAGCUGCUGCUGGACGCCGUCCCUCUGAGCUGCAACCUGCCCAGAGCCACGCUGCCCAACUACGACAACAUCCCGGGAAACCUGAUGCUGUCGUCCCUGGGGCUGAAGCUGGGGGAGCGCGUGGUGCUGGAGGACAUGAAGCUCCAGAGAGACCAGAGCAGAGACGACGUCCCGGCUGCAGACGUCAGACAGACUGGAACUCUGAGGUUCUGUGGUACGACCGAGUUUGCCAGUGGUCAGUGGGUCGGCGUGGAGCUCGACGAGCCCGAGGGAAAGAACGACGGCAGCGUGGGCGGCGUCCGCUACUUCAUCUGCCCUCCGAAACUAGGGAUUUUUGCGCCGGUGUCAAAGAUUUCCAAGGCUGUGGUGGAGCAGACGCCUUCCUCCGUCACCUCCACCCCCCGGACCCCCCGCAUGGACCUGGCCUCGCGCCUCGCUGGAAAGACCAAGAGGGAGAAGAAGGAAAAGGAGAGAGCGAAAGCCCAGAGGAAGAAGUCGUCCGUGGCCAGUCUGGACCCGGAGGGCAUGAACGUGGAGGUUGGGGAUCAGGUUCUCGUGGCAGGACAGAAACACGGCAUCGUCCGCUUCUACGGCAAAACGGACUUUGCUCCAGGUUACUGGUUCGGCGUGGAGCUGGAUCAGCCGACAGGAAAACACGACGGCUCGGUGUUCGGAGUCCGUUACUACAGCUGCCUGCCCAAAUAUGGCGUGUUUGCUCCGCCCUCCCGUGUCCAGAGAAUCGGAGGUCCUAAAGACGGCUCGCACACCGACAGCUCCCUGGUGAAGAAAGUCCACCAGGUCACCAUAUCGCAGCCGAAGCGUAACUUCAACACGAUGCGUUCUCCUAAAGACCUGACCUCUGAAAGCUCCAUAUCCAGGUUGCUGUUCUGCUGUUGGUUUCCGUGGAUGCUGCGUGCUGAGAUGCAGUCCUAACCACGCCCCCUGUCCCUCCGCCGUCUCUUCUCUCCAUCUUUGUCUCUCGCCGUCCUCCUGGAGUCUCCUCGCUGUCGUCAGUCCCGCUCACAGUGAAACCUCUUCCCUCUGACUCUCCUUCUAAUUUAGCCGUUCUAUAGCAACAUCUAUAGUGCCUUGUAUCUUAUCAGAACCGCUCUGCUCAGCAGUUUAUUCUUUGACUCGUCGUCUCAUCGUCCCGUUUGGUAUUUUCUGCAUGUUCCUUUAUUCAUUUAUUAAUCUGCAGUGAACUCAACAUUAGUUUGUGCUGCUCAAUGUUUCCUUUUUGCUGCUUCUAGUUUUGGGUCUUGCCAAAUUUUGAAUCGAGUGCCAGAUGAAUUUCGAGUUCCAGAUGUUCUCUUGGUACCGAACACUUAAUGGAAUCAUUUUAAAGUUUCCAAACACCGAUAGCUCAAAAUGUUUGGAUACUUGUGUGGAAAACGUUUAGUGUUGGGUUGUUUUUUGAUUUGGCUUCUGCUUCGUAAGGCUUCAUCCACACGAAUAUAUUUACGUUUAAAAACUCGUCAGCUCUGCUGCAGAGUCGUCUGACGUCCGCACGACUCCGGAGUCUGAGAGACGCGAAAACUGAGGAGUUUGUAAACGCUGCUGAAGUUUGAAAGGCGUCACUGACCCUGUGUCUUUGCUAACAGCUGCUGUUCAGUCACAUUCUGUAUUUUACUAUGAUACAACUAUUUACAUGGCACAUGCAUGCCCGUGCACGUGAGUGGUCAUGUGAUAUGCGUUUUGAGGAGUCUUAGUGUGGACGGAGAUUAAAACUGACACGGAGACGAAACACUCAGAGGUUGUUUCAGUUUGAAAUGACGCGUUGUCGUGUGGACGUAGAGCUUCACACCGACCGUUGUCUCUGUCGUGUCGACGCUGUCUCGAUCCCGUGGGACCAGUUUGACGGAGACUCUUUACGUCUGGUUGUCAGAUUGUGGCUCCGUACGAAGUUCAUCGGUGAUUUAACGGAGCCAGACGAUGGAUCCUCUGAAAUCAUCCUCAUGCUUUGAUCUCACAUGUCAAACUGGAAACAGGGUUUAUCAGCGACUGACUGAUUAUUUAUCACAGUCAGUUCUAUUGUUUUAAUCUUUCACGUGUAACAGUCCUAAGUUCAGAUGUGGUUCAUGAUCUCUAUGAAAUAUCUCACACAUUAAUAAAGCGUCAUUUUACCAUACAUUUGAUGUAACGUCGCAUGUUAAAGUUAAAGUGCAGCUUUAAGUUGUGGUCGUUGCACUUUGCAAAUCUCAACACUCGUCUUUUCCCCUCAGACUCAGUUUUAGUCUUUGAUGGAUGAAAUACUGUCGAUGUCGCAUCAUCACAUAGAAUAACUGUCAUUUUAAUUAUAUAGUACCAAUAUUAGUCUAUAUAGUCAGAGUAUUAUAGAAAUCUGAUAAACAGCUGCGAUUAUAAUCUGGCAUUAACCAAAACUGCUAACAAACCCAAAAUGAUGAAAUACAAAAAUCCCAAAUGGUGAAAUCAAAGUGUUUUCAGCGCUGUGAAGCGAAAUAUUAAUGUUUGUGUUGUCGUCGUUUGCAUCUGACAACAAAUCUCUUUAAACUUAAAAUGUUUUAAAACAACUUUUAAUCACGUUGGAGUUAAUCUUUGUCGACGAUAAUCAUCCGUACAUCUCGUCACACGCUCAUCUUCUUGUUUUUAAUUUCCCACCACAGAAAUGUAAAUCUCUCCAGUCUCCACGAUUUCGUGAAAACGUUUUCCUCCCCCUCAUCCCUCUCUCUCCAUUCAAAUAGGACUUGUCUACUUUCUGUGAAUGUGAGCAUUUGCGAAAAGACGAAAACAAAAACACACGUUAACCUGAACCUGUGUGCGCUUCAUGUUAAACUCUCUGAAAACAGCAAUAUGUAACAAUAUGUAACCUGGUUCCUGUGUUAAUGUCUCUUUACACUCUGCAAGCACACGAGCACGGAGAGAUGAACACGCUCACACUCGAGGGCGAGACGCUCAAAACAACAUUCAGACGAUUCCAGCUGCUGAUGUGGUCAAACCUCAUGUCACGGUGCGUCCGACCUGGUUCACCACAGGUCAGAACGUGCAGGGGAAUGAAUGAUGACGUUUAGAUGAACAGUUAAUGGAGGGUUCCCAUCCUUUUUUUAUUCAGAUGUCCUGACAACUACAAUCUGCCCUGGAAACAUCCAGCACGUUGUUGUGUGAUGUCCCAACACAUUCUAGCUUGAUUCAGAAAGGAGGUGAAGCUUCUGGGAUUUAUUCCUCUUUGCUUUCAGUUUGAGAGCAGAACUUAUUGAUUUCACUUUAGAUUUUCUAAUGCUUUCACUCCAAACCACUUCACGCUAGCACUCACAUAGUUCCUGCUUGUGCUCAAGCUGUGUGCUUGGGUGCUCUCUGACUUUCUCUCUGCUCUUGCACUCUACUGUGCAGUAAACCUGAGCAGAAGCAGAGAACAUCCCAGCACAAGCAGGGUUCGGGCUGUUUGUGUGCGAACGCGUGGUUUUAGGUGAAAUCUUUCUCUCAAACUGAAAGUCACAGCUGAUUUGAGCAUUUGACUUUGAAAGCCUGGAGUUUAGAAAGUUGACUGAACCUAAGAUUAACUUCAGUCUGAGUGAAGUCAGGAUUAAAGUUUAUUUUUAGGCCCUUUUCUGAAACCAUCCUGAAUCGAUGACGUUCUUUCUGCGUCGCUGAAACUGUCCAGAACACGUCCUGGAGGUUAAGUUUUUAAAAGAUGUGAGAAUCCUGACGUGGCGUUAACACGAUAUUCAGAUGACGCACAGAUUUACCUUCCUGUGUUCGUGCUUCUUUCCCCCAGAGCCGGACAGAAGAGCCCGAGAGCUGAAGUGAACGUCUGUUGAUCAUUCUCACUGCAGCUCGUUGUUUAAUGCUGAAGCUCCACAGACCGAGGAUCUGCCGACUCCGUCACGGUGAACGUUAGUGGACCACACCGCUGGUUUGUCUUUGUACAGUAAAUGUACAGUAAAGUCAUUCUCACUGUGUAAAUGUGGAGCUUUCUCUGGUCACUAGUGACUCACUGAUUAUUCAACUUACUACAGACGAAAUAUUACGCAAACUUCCCUCAUAUUUUCUCUUCGUUUGUUUCAUUUAAAGGACGAUCGUGGCUUUGCCAGUUUUAGCUCUUUGAGUAAAAACCACUGUUUCUUAAAUCACGUCUCCUCUGACUCUUCUCCGGAAACUUCAUUUGAGCUUUUUAGCUUUGACGGAAACUUGGUUGUUUCCAGGCAACCUUCACUUCCUGUUUAUGGAUACGAAAAUCAGCGUCAAACUGUCAAUCUUAUUUCGGCGGCUUUAUUUGAAGGAUGUGCGACUAGCGCCUCUUUCCCACUGGUCACGUUGUUCGUCUGGAGUGAAACUCGCGGCUGCCUGGACGGAGGGAAAUCAAACAUUCGCCAACGAGCUCCAACCUUCAGAACCAGUGGUCCUUUAAAUCCUCUGUAACCAAUGGGUGUGCGUGUCUGAGAAUACAACGUGGAACUCAUUCUCAUCGUAACGAACCCAGUAACUGGUUGUUUUAUCUUAACACGUCUUCAGAAUAAACAGUAUAUAGCCUAUUUUUUGAUAACUUCACUAAGUGUACUUUUUGUUCUCCGGUUUUGUAGCGUGUGUGUGUGUGUGUGAGAGAGUGUGUGUGUGAGUCACUCCUGUUUUCAAAGUGUGUGUGGAGCUGACGGACGUUAAAGAGGAAACAGGAGAGAACGAGCAUCGAACGUCCUCGUCCUAUCACCACUCACUGCAUGCUCUCUCCCCCGCCCCCGUCAGUAUUUUCUGGGUUUUUUCGUCGUGUAUCUUCUCAUCAGCAUGAAAAUGCUUCUAAUAAUAACAGUGACAACUGUAUGAAUAUAAUAAAGAAUUUGAUGUUGUUUUUCUA